CCGGGGCCGGGGCCUCCGGCCGUGGCGCGGCGCUGCCGGCGCCGGGGCGACUCACGGCCGUAACGGACGCGAGGCAGCGGCGGCCGCCGCCUCCAGGGGGCGCCGGGCCGGGCCGGGCCGGGCCUCGCCGCGCCCCUUCCGCCGCCGCGGCGCAGGGGGAUCUCUCCAGCCCUGGCCGUGUGCGGAGAGCCGUGAGCCGGCAUGGGGAAGAGCUGCAAGGUGGUUGUGUGCGGGCAGGCCUCCGUCGGGAAGACGUCUAUCUUGGAGCAGCUGCUGUACGGGAACCAUGUUGUCGGUUCUGAGAUGAUCGAGACGCAGGAGGACAUUUACGUGGGCUCCAUUGAGACAGACCGCGGGGUACGCGAGCAGGUGCGCUUUUACGACACGCGGGGCCUGCGGGACGGCCUGGAGCUUCCCAAGCAUUGCUUCUCCUGCACUGAUGGAUACGUGCUCGUCUACAGCACUGACAGCAAGGAGUCCUUCAAGCGGGUGGAGCUCCUCAAGAAGGAGAUUGACAAAUCCAAAGACAAGAAAGAGGUCACCAUUGUGGUUUUGGGUAACAAGUGUGACCUGCAGGAGCAGCGCCGGGUGGACCAUGAUGCAGCCCAGCACUGGGCCAAGGGCGAGAAGGUGAAGCUGUGGGAGGUGUCUGUGGCUGACCGGCGCACGCUGAUCGAGCCAUUCAUCUACCUGGCCAGUAAGAUGACGCAGCCACAAAGCAAAUCUGCCUUUCCCCUGAGCCGCAAGAACAAGGGCAGCGGCUCUAUGGAUGGCUGAGCCUUGUCCUUCCUCCCUCUCCGUUACCACUUCCUCUCCCUCACCUCCCUCCUUUCCCUGCAUUCACCUCCUGCUGAGCCUGUUUGGCAUCACAGAGCCAGCGGGAAGCAUGGUAGCAGGAGGAAUAGGCUUCCCAGGGCCGGGGACAGUCUUUGAGGAUGAGAGAGGUGACCCACCUGCCUGGGCUGGGGCAGGGACUGCUCUUUCACUGUCCACGUCCUGCAGCCAUCUGAGGUGCUGCAGGAAGGCCCGAAUUCGCCGAGUGACACUCCUCUCCUCACAGGCCUCGUCUCCCGCUCUCGGGCACGGGCUGGCAGACCUGGGGGAUGCAUGCUGCUCAAGGUGGGGUACAGCAUGGGGCUAGCCAGCAGGUUGGGAUCAGCUCCGUGUGGGAAGGCUGCCAGGCCAGAGGAAACAUUCCCUGGCUGCCAAGCUGCUCAGUUCUGUAUUGUACUGGUACCGCGUGAGAAGAGGCUGUUUGCUGGCCGUGCAUCCAGCACAGCCACGGUCAGAGCAGCGCUCCCUUGUCCUGCUCCUGGCUGGCUCUGGGGGGAUGUAGCUUUGGCCCAGGAUAUCACCCCCUUCCCGGCGGCGUUCUCUGCUCCUGUACAUGCAGAAAUGUUUGGUUCUUGGUCAAGUUGUGUGCAAGGUGUACGUCGUGCCCCAAGGAGGGCAUGGUGCAGAGCACCGCCUGCCUCAUCUGUUGCUGAGGGCAGAGUCAGGCCUGUGUCUCACAGUGCUUACAUCCACGAUCCUGUCACUCUGCUUUUGCUAAGUGCAUAGUCCGUCCUAACUUGGGAGACACUGGAACUGUGCUUAGCUUGCAAUGCCCUGAUGCUUAGGGCUGUGGCAGUGCUUCCCGUCUGCCUGUCACAGUGCUGGCUCUCCUCUCAGAACCACAAGACAAGGGGAAGGUUUCCUGCACGUGCUCCCUUUGGCUAGUCUGGAUCUAGGCAAAGAUGACGAGAAAGCCCUGGCUUGUUUAUACUUGUUCCUUUUAUUUACUGAGUAACACAAUAAAGCGAUGAGAUUUGAUUAUCAAAA